UCAGUGCGAUAACAUGUUCGGGCGAAGCAGCGGGAACGUGGGCCUUCGCCCUCUCCCGCGGUCGCGAAAUUCAAAUUUCGAAUUGCCAAUUUAAAAAAAAUAUGUACUUACAUAGACAAUUAAAACUUUUGGCAAAGUUUUUAAAGUUGAAAUAGUGUGUGAAGUUUAGUCUUAAACAGUUUCAUCGUGUUUUGAUUAAGUUUAUUUAGAAGAACAAAUUAUGUGAAAGUUGCGUGUAAAAUGACUUGGCAGUUGGAGGGGGGUUAUGGGAUUUCUUCUUCAUAAGAUGCCGAGUGAAAACGACAAACGGUUGUGCGCAAAUAACAAAUAUAUAAUGAGAUAGUUACAUAAGUGCCAAAAGUGAAAAAUAAAACUAUUUCUCGAAAAGUGUAAAUAAAAUUUAAAAUAAUAGGUAUAAAAAAAGAUUUUAAUGCCAUUGGAGAAGCAUGAAAUUGAGCGUGAGCGCGUACCGCGCGCACGCGUCUGCGCACAAGAAGAUCCUAACAUCGUCGUACCAGCAGCACUACGGGAGCACCGCCGCGCCGCCCAUCUGUAACCCGACCAACUUCACGCCUAAGGCAGAAGAAGGCAAUUCUCGGACCUCAGAAGGGGAAGACAACGAUGGGAGCGAGAUAAACGCAGGUUCCUCAAGAGUCCUCUCUGCUGCUACGUCUAGAGAAGACGAUGAUGACUCCAGCAACAAUGCAAGCAGCGACUGCAAGAGCCCGGGCCAAAGGCGACCGAUCAUUGCAUCGAGCUCGUCAAGCUCUCACAAGUCCAUGCAGGACACAAAGCCCGAGAGAGAGGAAUCUGACCCUGACAAACGGGGGCAUAAAUGGAGGCACGUCCAAGCUGUCAUGGCAUACUACCAGGCUCUCAGGAAAAUAAAAAGAACAAAGUCGAACCAGCGAUGGAUGAAGCUACGGACGACGGUCCAGUUGAGCUCGGCGAUGCAAAUGAAAAAACCUCCCCUGAAGAGAGAAGACUCCUUCCUGAAGAAAUUCUCCACUCGCCACAUACCAGAGACACAGGAGACUGUAGAAGACACAGGGUCGGAGGGGGCGACAGGUGACCACAGGUCGACGAACCGGCAACGGCGGAGGAAAGUACGAGCGCCGAGAACAGUUGUCAACCCUGACGAGAACUUCUAUUUCUACUGGCUGUGGGUCAUCACUGCGUGCGUGUUGUAUAAUCUGUGGACGCUCAUUGUGAGGCAGAGCUUUCCUGAGUUGCAGAUAAUGUUCCACAUAUUCUGGGUGACAUGCGACGGCAUCAGCGACGCAGUGUUCGCGUUGGACCUGGUCGUGCAGCUGCGUACAGGAUAUCUGGAGCAGGGGCUAAUGGUGUACGACUCCAAGAAAUUAGCCAAGCACUAUUUAACGUCGCGCUCCUUCCUGCUCGACAUCGCCUCGCUGACACCCCUGGAUCUGCUGCAGCUUAAAAUUGGUGUUAACCCUAUCAUUCGCUUUCCUAGAUUUUUUAAGGUAUACAGAGCAGUGAGCUGCUACUACAUCGUGGAGUCCCGGACGGUGUACCCGAACUUCUGGCGGGUCAUCAACCUCAUCCACAUCCUGCUGAUCCUGGCCCACUGGUUCGGAUGCUUCUACUUCCUGCUGUCCGAGGCUGAGGGCUUCCAGGGUGACUGGGCCUACCCCCACCGGCCUGGAGACUACGCCACGCUCACCCGCAAGUACCUGGGAUCCCUCUACUGGUCCACCCUCACACUCACCACCAUCGGAGACCUCCCCACUCCAGAAACCAAUGCCGACACGGCAGGAGGCCCCAAAUUUCUGCCGCGAAGAGGACUCAAGUCCCGCCUUCUGCAGUUCAAGUCUAACCGAGGAUACGUGUUUACAAUAGUAAGCUACUUGAUCGGGGUGUUUAUUUUCGCUACCAUUGUCGGACAAGUGGGCAAUGUCAUCACAAACAGGAAUGCCAACAGGCUGGAGUUUGAAAGGCUGCUUGAUGGCGCAAAGACUUACAUGAGGCACCAUAAGGUUCCAGGAGGCAUGAAGCGGCGGGUGCUCCGGUGGUACGACUACUCCUGGUCGCGGGGCCGAAUACAGGGUGGUGGUGACAUCAACACAGCCCUAGGGCUCCUGCCAGACAAGCUCAAGACGGAGCUCGCAUUGCAUGUCAAUUUGAGCGUUCUUAAAAAGGUUACAAUUUUUCAAGAGUGCCAACCAGAAUUCCUGCACGACCUCGUAUUAAAGAUGAAAGCCUACAUUUUCACCCCGGGGGACUCGAUCUGUAGGAAAGGUGAGGUUGCCCGAGAGAUGUUUAUAAUUGCCGAUGGCAUAUUGGAGGUUAUAUCAGAAACAGGACGGGUCCUCACAACUAUGAAGGCAGGAGACUUUUUUGGUGAAAUCGGAAUUUUGAACCUAGAUGGACUUAAUAAGCGUACUGCAGACGUGCGUUCUGUGGGAUACUCCGAGUUAUUCUCGCUGUCUCGAGAAGACGUACUGGCAGCGAUGAAGGACUAUCCAGAGGCACAAGACAUUUUGCAGACUUUGGGAAGGAAGAGGUUACAAGAAGUAAAAAGCAUGUCAAGGCAAAAGGUCAAAGGUAAAGGAGAAAUCAGCCCUGAUAAAGGCGGAGAUGACAAAACGUCAAAAAGAAUAGUGCACAAACUCCGCAGUGAUGUUAAGGUACCUGGUAUCCGAAAUGCUAUUCGUAGCAGGUCUAGAGCAGGCCGACGUUCGGGCGAAUCACUGGAACUUCAAGCAUUGACAGGUGAAAAAAGAUCAUCUGUGGAUGGGAAAACUCUCAAGAGAAUGGCUAGAGUUGAAAGUGAUGACUCCCAGCAUAUAAAUCAAGAUGAUACUGGAGAAACGACGUCCGGCAGUAAAAAUGGAGAGAAAUGCAUAUCACCUAUUGGAGCCGGUCUACCAUUAUUGUCUAGAUUAAAAUUGCUGAAAGAAAAACAGGAUCGUGAGGAAAAAGCUGCAAAACAACGGCAUUCCACAUCGUCUGUUGUUUCGCCUCAACCUCAACCGACACCAUCAACAAGUUCGGGGCCCCAAAUUGAACCGGAAGUCAUUGGUGCGGGAUUACCACUCCUACAGAGGCUUUUACUACUUAAAGCCAAGGAAGAACGGGAAAAAAAUCAGCUAACCCCAAUGAAUAGCAAUCAAGCAUCAAGUUCAGAUACCAUUAGUCCAAGUUCCAUAAAAAGUCCUUUAAGCCCUACUAUAAAAACAUUAAGCCCCAUAAGAAAAGGUUCCGAGUCUAGUUCGCCAGGAAAACUUCACAGUCCAACUGCGAAAAAUUCUCGCAAAAAUUCCUCGGGAUCUAGUGAUGGCACAUCAAAACCUAAAGUGAGCUUUAGAGAUAAAAUAUUACAAGUCCAAGGUGACGGAACGGCUGUUUGUCAACCACUCAUGAAAGAUGCCAGUGAAAAACCUGCAGCUGUCGUUGAGCCAACCCCGAAAACCGAAAGCAACUUUAUUUCAAUCCCCCAUUCAGUUGUCAGUAAAAUAAAGUCACCGGCUAAAGCAGUAGGAUCAACUUUUAGAGAUAAACUAAAGAUGUUACAAAGCGGAAGCUCCCCAAAAGAAUCUGGAGGAAGUUCGCCAAAGGAUUCAAGUAUUGAUAAAAAUAAAAUGCCAUUACAAGAAAAAACAUCAGCAGAAAUUUCACCUAUCCAGCAAAGUGAACAUAAAGAAGAGACAAAACCUAAAAAACCGUGGUCGAAAUUGAAAAAAGCCGCAAUCCUAGGAGAGUCAAAAAGUCAAAGUGUAUCAAACGAGGAAAAGAAGGAAAUCGAAAUUGCGAGCCAGGAAGUAAAAGAAGAGUGUAAGCCAGAGGCUGCUGUAAAUAUUUGCGUGCCUAUAGUUACAGCGGAGCUUGUUAGAAUAGACAAUAAUAAUGUUGACGUUGAUAGUGAUAAUGCUAAGCAAGAUAAACCUAAGAUAUGCUUAACAGGCCCUUUGGAACCCGUCCAAGAAAAAUCUUUAGAUUUAUUAACAUAUUCUCCAAAGAAAAAUAUUGUCGCAAAACCAAGUGACUCUAACAGUACUCACUUUACCGGAGGCAUGCUUUUGCCAAAAGCUAAGAAAUAUAGAUCAAUAGACGAUCUCUCGCCAGAAUAUGGAGGGUUACCAUUCGUAAAGAAAUUGAAAAUUUUAAACGAAAGGCAAAAAUUAGCAGAAUUAGAAAAAGUAGUUAAAUUUCGCAGUUCUAGCUUAGACUGCACUAGUUCUUCGGAAGACUUAUUAUGUGAUACCCUAACCCGAAGUCAUUCUGAAGGCAGUACUAUGGAUAAAAGAAAAUACAAACGAAAAUCAAUCGAUUCUCUUGGAAGUCAUGGAUCUAACGAGACACUAGAAAGGCGAACACUCAAAUCCAUUCUUAAGAAGUUAUCAGAAGAUGUCACUCCUGCUGAAAGUCCUGAAAGGAGCAAUGAGUUUAAAAAAUUAAUCCGAGCUCCAACGUUAGAGGGAUACGCAGCAAGACAUUCAAAGUUUUCUAAAAGUGUUACAUUCCACAGGCACACUUUGCCUUCACCUCCUGCGAGCUUUCCGGUUGAUGCCAGAUGUGAAAUAUUCCAAAUGCCAGACGUACGCAAUGAAAUUAUGCCUGAAGUUCCUCCUGCAGACAUAAGUGCAGAAGGAGUUCCAGAGCCUAUUGACCCUAGUAAUCAGAUAGCUCCUCCAUCCACUGAAACUGUCAUCACGCAGGACUUAGAUAUACCAAUAAGAGCAGAUUAUGAAAUUAAACAAAAUAUUGAUCCUAUGUAUGGAUUUAAAACGUUAAGACCUGAAGAAAUAAAAGUACCUUCAGAGAAACCUAAGCUGACUCUUAUUUCCGCUGUAGCCAACCAACGGAAGUUAUUGCGAGGAUCUCUAGAAGAACAAGAGUAUUUCGGUGAAGUUCUUUUAGGCAUAAAACAAGUUAUUCAAGGUCACUUACAUGAUGUUCAAGGAAAAUUUCAAGAUAGAUUUAAUAGCCUAGAAAAUGAGGUGAGAAAACGGGAUGAAAUAAUCAGUCAACUUCAAAAACGUAUUCAAGAGUUAGAACGACUUGGCUUGCCAGGCAUCAGCCCUACAGAAGAACAAGUAGAGCCUCCACAACAAUCUCCAACUCACCCAGAAGAGGAAAGUGCCGCAAAUACCCCCCUUUGUAAAAACGGCAGCUCUGGUAGUGAAGACAUUUCUGGUGCCGAUGAGGGUUUUAUGAGAGGUGAUUCACUAGAUACAGUUUUUGCAACAUCUCCACCUACAGUAAGCGCAGAAGAAGAAGAAAAAGAUGCUCCAGAACCACCAUCAUCACCUAAAGAAAUAUUAACCACCGAAGACAUUUCGGAAGAAAAACUAGCAGAAAUGACGGAAGGAAUAGAAUUAGCAAAAUUAUCAUACUCAGAAAUCCAAAGCUUAGCUGAAAGAAUAUCAAGCAGGACAGAAAAAUCUUACUCAAGUAAGGAACAAUGGACAGUGAGCAAGUCCAAAAGGUUAGAUUUGAAUUUAGAUGGCAAAGCUGGAACUUAUUCGAGGAAACGGGCAGCGAAAUUGAGGCAAAGGAAGUCAUGGGAGGACCAAAGUGAUCAAGAGAGCAUGGAAAUGCAAGAUUUAACGAGGCCCAUAUCUCCUCACUCUUCGGAAGAUCGUUCUCUGCUCAGUCCAGAACAGUCAAGCUUGAGGACCAGCAGACGCAGCAUGCGACCUUUCCAUUUCUUCGGCACACAUUUAGACAACACCAAGUCAAAAAUUAAGAAGACCCUUUCUGUUGACACUGGCAUGCAUCAUACAGGGACGAAAGAGAAAAUUGAUUUAGGUCGGCAGCGGCACCACCGCAAGUUCAGUCUUGGCUCAUUCUUCGGAUACCAUCGCGGUUCACAAUCGAGUCACAAACCGGCGCACAACUGCAAUGACGUUGUUCUGGAUAUAGGGAGCGACUAUAGUUGGAGUGACACGAACUCAACAUCGUCAAGCAGCGAUUCAGAAUCGAUGCCUCGCACGCCGGUGUUCGAAGAAUUUGUGGAAAGCAGUUCCAGACGAGGCAGAGCCAGCAGUUCCAGUCACGGAAGUUUAUCUCCCAUAAGAACCAUGGCUGGGAGUGGCGGUGACUGGGAAGUGAUGAUGUUAGCCGAAGAACUGGACAAGAGGGAACGAGAGAAGGAAAGGGAAGAAAAUAGGAGGCACCACUAUUCCACUACCCUACGAGAGUUAGAAGAGGAAUCCGACACUCCACAGCGUGAAGACAGUCUCGACGAAUACUCCAACAUCGACGACUCUAACUCCUCGUCCACGACGCACCUUCUCUCCCAGUCCAUGAGUGAUCCCUCGCAGAGGUCGCUGGAGACGUCGUUCACUGAACGCAGCAGUCGGACGGGCAGAGAGCCGAGGCAGCAGAGAGGGGGGUCAGUUGGUGAACCGAUCCGUUCAGACUCCCCCCUAAGACAGAGAGGGUUGAUCUUGCGAGCAGCCAGUCUCGAUCGCGAGACCACACCGGCGCCCGCGCAGGCCCGCCGCUUCGGCUCUCUGAAGAGCGCCAGCACGGACUCGCACAAGAGACUCUGAUCCGGUUCGCCACACGGAUCGAGCCGUGGGUCCGCUGACGUCAAUAGUGCAAACGCAGCUCAAAUUUGUUGUGACGAACCUUUAAACGGACAGGUAAACGGAGGUGAAAUCAGAAGAGAGAGAGGCAUAGUUAGGAACGAACGAGAGAAUGAACUAAGUAUUAAUUCGAAUGUAAACGGUAGCGACGACGACCGGGCGGUUGUCGGUCAAUUAUAUGUGGUGAUCGUUUUGUUCUACGAAGAUUACGAUUAUUUGAUAUUUUUAGUUAUAGAGUAGUUUAACGUGUAUGACAUCGUGAACUGAUGCCGAUAUAUAUUCAUUU